UCCCUUUCAACACAGAGAGUCAGUGGCGGAAUUUACUCAGAGCUGGCUGAACACUGUGAGCAUGUGAUCAAUUUUAGGGCAUAGUUUUAUGAUACAAUCAACGGAGUCUUUACUGCCAGCUAUGCAUUCCGUUCCCCUAUUGCCAGCAUUUGUUUGACCUCAGAGCGAGCCUGUUCAGAAAUUUACAAGAAGAGGGGAAAAAAAGAAUUGUCUUCCACCAGUUUAGCUCCCUAAACUAUCUUAACAUGGAGUCAGAUGGAUAACACAGCACACACGAUGGAUGGAACGGAGCAACACAGGUGGAGGUGCAGAGUGAAACUGUUCCUCUCAGCAGCAGCUGGCAGUUAGUGUAGCCCAAACCAUCCUGAAAAAACACACCUGAAGUUUUACAAUCUCUGUGGGUAGAUCACAAGGGGAAAAGCCACAACACUGCACUUCAGCCAGGAGAUUUGGAGACAAAGAAGGUUUCUGAAAUCAGUGGAGGCUGCUUGAGAACAGAGCCUGAUUAUCAAGUGAUCUGACAUUCAUGAAAGAGAGGGACAAAAAUCUUCCUCGCACACAUGAAACCUUUAGUGAGCCCUUGAUCUGAUAUUUCCUCCUGAAGACAAGUUGACAUCAUGAAGCAGAAAUUGACAUCAUCAGUUCGAAUUAUUUUGCUACUUGCUCUGACCACAGUGGGUCUGACUGGUCAAUCAUACCCUGGAAGACCUAAGAUAAUAAGAUGUCGUUCUCUAGAAAAGGAAACCUUUUCUUGCUGGUGGAAGCCUGGCUCAGAUGGAGGACUUCCUACCAAUUACACCCUGUUGUACAGCAAGGACAGUGAAGAAAAAAUCUAUGAAUGUCCAGACUACCGAACAUCAGGUCCCAAUUCCUGCUACUUUGAUAAAAACCACACUAAUCCCUGGACAACAUAUAAUAUCACUGUAAUGGCAAGGAAUGAGAUUGGAUGUAACAGCUCAGAUCCUCAGUAUGUGGAUGUGACCUCCAUAGUUCAGCCAGAUGCUCCUAUGAACCUCUCUCUAGAAACAAAAACAUCUGCUAGCAUAAUGCACCUUUGGGCAAAAUGGUCUCCACCUCCAUUAGCUGAUGUCAGCUCUAAUUCACAUGUAUAUCACUAUGAGCUACGACUAAAACCUGAGGAAAAGGAAGAGUGGGAGACAAUACCUGUUGGAGUUCAGACAAGGUACAAAGUGAAUAGGUUACAAGCUGGGGUGAAGUAUGUUGUCCAAGUCCGUUGUAUGUUAGACCUUGGAGAAUGGAGUGAGUGGAGCUCCAAAAGCUGCAUUCAGAUCCCCGAUGGAAAGUCACCUCCUGAAAAGCCUACAAUAAUAAAAUGCCGUUCUCCAGAAAAGGAAACAUUUACUUGUUGGUGGAAACCUGGUUCAGAUGGAGGACUUUCUACUAACUACACUUUGCUUUACAGCAAAGAAGGAGAAGAACAAGUUUAUGAGUGUCCAGAUUACAGAAAUGCGGGCCCCAAUUCUUGCUACUUCGAUAAAAAGCACACCUCUUUCUGGACCAUAUACAAUAUUACUGUGAGGGCAACUAACGAAAUGGGAAGUAACAUCUCUGAUCCUCAUUAUGUGGAUGUGACUUACAUAGUACAGCCAGAUCCCCCCGUGAAUGUAACUCUGGAAUUAAAAAAGUCAAUAAAUAGAAAACCGUAUCUGGUCUUGACAUGGUUUCCACCCCCGCUGGCUGAUGUCAGAUCUGGAUGGCUUACUCUUGAAUAUGAGUUGCGGCUGAAGCCUGAAGAAGGAGAGGAAUGGGAGAGUAUUUUUGUGGGACAGCAAACACAAUAUAAAAUGUUUAGUUUAAAUCCCGGAAAGAAGUAUAUUGUACAGAUUCACUGCAAACCUGACCACCAUGGAUCAUGGAGUGAAUGGAGCUCAGAAGAGUAUAUUCAGAUCCCUACUGACUUUAGAGUAAAAGAUAUGGUUGUGUGGAUCGUCGUUGGUGUCUUGUCAUCUCUUAUAUGUUUAAUCAUGAGCUGGACAAUGGUUUUGAAAGGGUACAGAAUGAUAGCCUUUAUCCUACCGCCAGUUCCGGGACCGAAGAUAAAAGGCAUAGAUACACAUCUGUUAGAGACAGGAAAAUCUGAAGAAUUAUUGAGUGCUCUUGGUUGCCAUGGUUUCCCUCCAACAUCAGACUGUGAGGAACUACUGAUAGAAUAUCUGGAGGUAGAGGACAGUGAGGAUCGGCAACUCAUGCCAAGCCAUGACAACGGUCAUCCCAGUAAAAAUGCAAAAAUUAUACCCAAGGAAACAGACAGUGACUCAGGCCGAGGGAGCUGUGAUAGCCCUUCUCUCCUUUCUGAGAAGUGCAGGGAGUCCCGCGCCCUUCCAUCAACACUUCAAACACAAAAUGUAAGAGAUGUUCAAGAAAAUAAAGGAGGAAAAAGGAGCUGGGAAACUCAGUGUAUAGCCUCAGAACAGAAAAUAGUCCUUUUUAAUGAUGAGAAUACAAAAUUGUCCACAUGGCCUACAGCUCAGUUACCCGAUAAUCAGCCUCCUAUGUUUGCCUACCACAAUCCUGUAGAUGCACAUAAGAUAACACUGAGUACCACAAAUGUCAAUGUUGCACGAGUUUUGGUGGGAAAUGAAGAAAAGCAUCAAUCACAAUACCCUAUCACUGAAACUUGCCACGAUGACAUGGAAAAGCAAAGAGGGAUGGAGAAUUUGUAUUCCAAAACUGACCAAACCACAGUGCAGGUCAAACAAAACAGACCUAAUGACAAGCCACCAUUUUUGAAUCCUAAACUAAUGGAUUAUGUAGAAGUUCACAAAGUCAGACAAGAUGCGGAGCCAGCAGUAUUACUGAAACAUAAAGAAAAUAGUAGAAAGACCGAAAAAUACACUGUUCCAGGAACCAGCAAAGAAUAUACCAAGGUCUCAACAGUUGUGGACCAUAAUAUUCUGGUAUUAAUGCCAGAUUCACGCAUUCAGCACACAUCUGUGUCUCAAGAACCUGCAAUGGAAACGUCUCAGAACCUUCAGCAAAGUCAAGCUGAGAAAAAUAUGAGCUACUGUCUGACAGUUCCAAGCAAGUGCAAAAGAGAGAACAAUGGAUCAGAGUACAUGGACCCAUCUUCUUUUAUGCCCUCCUUUAAAUAACUAAUAGUUAGUACAGUACAUACUUAGUAGUUAUGUACAGUAAAGCAAAACCACAUAGCAAAUAGUUCCUUAAAAAAGUCUAGCCUUCUGUGUGUAUUAUACAGAGAAUAAACUAAACUGUGGGUUGAGGUAAUAAUCAUGAAAGUAAACCUUGGAUAUUAACACAUUUCUGACACAGGGGAAUGAGGAAAUGGAUAUUAUCUGCCAUGAAAAAUAUAUUGUAAACUAGUUAUUCAGCUCUGCAAAUCUAUUAGUUGAUUAAACGUGAGGGAAUACUGCAGAUUCAACAAGGCUGAAAAUUGUUACAGGUCAGUCAGUACAGCACAGUGAUCUCAGAAGUUCCUCAGUCAGAUAAAUCAUUGCACAACAGCAUUCUGAUCUACAAUGUAUUUUCUUCUGAAUGCAUUCUGACACUAGAUUAAGUCUUUAUAUUUUUUCUCAAUCCUUAAGAAAAAAAUGAGCUCUUAUAUAUGACAAAUCAUAUAUAAAAGAGAAUAGAUUGGACAAAUUACAAUAAAAUAACAAAUUCUUCUAAAUAUAUUUUUUCUUCACUUCAACGUGACAGAAGACUUUGCAUCCCAUUCCUAUCCUAGUCCAAUCAAACAAAACAUGAAAAAAAUAGUAGAACAAUAUUUGAUGUACUCCCUUACUGUAUAUAAUACAUAAUUCUACUUUAAUACAAGCCCAUAUAUUUAACAACUUAUUUUUAAAGGCUAUUUUUCUAUUACCAAAAAAAAAGCAAAAUAAAAUAUUUUUAAAUUUCCCAAUCCUAUUUAGCUACGUAGGAACUUUUCUGUUUCCUUCUGCUGAGACAGCGGUAACAAGUAAAGCUACCGUUUCUGUACAAAGCAUAAAAUUAAACUUCAUACUAAUUAAGAAUAUGAAUUAAUUUUUAAACUAUAUUUCUAAUAUAUUGCAGAUGUAUUACUAUUUGAAUUUUAAAUUAUUUAUUUCACAUGGUUUUUAUCACCUGUAAUUAUAAAAUUAAAAUAGAAUCUAGGUUUUGAGAGCAAAGCUUCUUUCCCACUGAAUUUGUACUCUGAUGCCAAUCACGAAUGGAAUGGUGUUCUCCUGCAUCCACAGACAUUGCACUUUUCUCUGAGCCUGGAAGGAAAGUUUGAAGUCAGAUUUUUCAUAUGAAGUUAUCAACCUUAAUUUUGGAAUCCAGCCUCCAAAGUCAAAGAUAUGAGGCAUAAAGUCUGAGUCAGAGCUCUGCUGAAAUAUCGGUGGGAAUGAGAAAAGGAGUCCAUGUAGUUGGGCUGGACCAGUGUCUCCGGAACAGCAGUGGGAACAGUGAGGGUUCCUCAUACCCCAUGUAACCAAAGGCAGAAUCAAAAUAAUACUGGAACGGCUCUGAACUUACUGUGGUCCUUCCUUCUUGAAACAAAAGUUUAAUUUACUCCAGGAAAGUAUGACCAAGUGAUGACUUAUUAAAACUGGGCCAAGUAUUCAGCUAGUAUCACUAGCUUCAGGGGAAAUUGGAAACAUAAGGUAAGGAAAAUUGUACUGGACAUGUGAAGGAAAGUGUAUUUACUAUAGAUGAGCUCUGUUCUGUUCUUGUCCUUCCUGAACAGCUUUAUAUUUCUCCAGUUUUUCAUGAUUUUACACACUGAGCCAGCCUUCCUGCAGUAUCAGGUAACCUGCUGCAGAGCCAGACAAAAGAGGCUUUCAGAUUUUGAAGAUCCCACAAAGCCACAUCCAGUUUGGGAAAUCAGAUUCUUACCUUUUACCUUCAUGCCAUGGAACUGCUAAAGUACAGAUCAGUCAAGCUGUCUAGCCCUUCCACUGGCAGGACUUUAGGAUUUAACUAAUCAUCUGUGUGUCUGUAAACAUAUGUGUUAGUGUAUACUGUAACAUUUACUUUAAGCAUCAAAUUUAGAGCCUGUGUCCCCUAUACAGGCAAUGUAUUGUCCACUUCCAGAGGUUGAUGAGAGCAGUCUGGAUGCUCUGCUGGAUGUGUAGGGAGGUAUCUUAGAUUCUUAAUUCAGCUACUUAAAUUUAACACUUGAAGACAUGAAGUGGCUACUCCAGAGAGCAGCCAAACAUAAAAUUUUGUUUAGUUAUAGUUAACAGCACAAUUUUACUGUAGCGUUUGUAGUAUACCUUACAAAUUUUCUAGACAUGCUAAAAGUACUGCAAAGAAACUAUCAACUUACCAGUCAAAACUGGAACAUUUUGCAGGGCAGCAACUUGUGUGUGUGCAGGUAUGUAAGCUGAUAAUACACUCUUUCUGACAGAAUUUCUGCUUCAUUUACACUUCAGUUUUCUGACUGAAUCUGACAGAGCUGAUCUGGAUCAGACACAUUCUCUUUCUUUACACAGAUAGUCAUAUUUGAGCCAAGCCGUUGUUUUCUUCUCCAAAUGCCAUGCAUAAAGACAUGCUGCUACAGGCCUUCCAUGAUGCAUCUGGUGAUGCAUAGAGGCUAUAGAAUCUUAGCAAGCCACAGCCUAAAGAUUUUCCUUAUGGAGUGGAUUUCAUAGGGUAAAACACAGGUGACUACACAGACGUUGUAAACCUAAGAAAGUGUGGGAUAAAGUGUCAGCAGCAGGCUGUUACUGUCAUGUCAGUCACUUUGGACCUGAGGCAAACAGACACAACUUUUAGCAGAUUUUAAGUGUAUGGUUCAUCCUGCCUAACUGUAGGUAUCUAUGGGUGUACCUCCAGAAAUCCACACAGAAAGAGAACUGAGUGGAAGAGUUUCUAUGCUUUACCAUAAAUUGGUACUGAAGCUGCAAAAUAGCUGUAGCCUAGAUCACAUCGUGAGGUGUAGAUUCUCUCCCACCUUUGCUGAUGAAUGUCUCAAUAUGCCAAGUCUGUGAAAAGGGAAAUUCAGCCAGAGUGGAAAAGGUGCAUUUCCUUGUUGCUCUGAGGUAGCUAAGCUUUUUGAGGGAAUUGCUAGCUAAACACAAUUUGAACACAAUUUUCAUAAAUAUGUUUCAUUCUUUAAGCUGAACAAAUGUGCAGGUUGAUUAUUUUUCCCUUAGAUUUGCUUUUAUUUUCCAAAACACCUUGUUACUCUCAAGGUGGCAGCAACACCUUCUGAAAGUGGCCUUUAACAUCUGGAAGUACAUUAAGAAGGGAAUAAACUAGUGUUCUGUAAAAUCAGAAUAACCUUCAGCUAAGUGUGUGGGCCUUUGGAUGUUCAAAUACUUCAUUCUUUCUGUUUGCAACAACAUUUUUGCUUGCAGCGCUUUAAGGAGUAGCUAUUUAUUAGGAAAUAGAUGAGAUUUUGCAGCAGUUUUACACAGUUGAUUGCUGUAAAAUUAUGACAUGCCAGUGGGGAAUAACAGGCUCUUAACACCUCCUUUGAUAUACAGAGGGAUGAAGUACGUAACCCCAGGAAUUUACCCCAGGAACAGGGAUUAGCCAUCUAGCUCUUGCACCAUUAGUCAAAUUUCUCACUUGGAAUAAUUAUUUGAAAAGUUUGAAUGUUUUCAAUAUCAACUUUAUGCAUGUGUCACUUGAAGUGUGAAUUACUUUUUAGUAGCAUAAAAGCCCUAAAAGGAAGCAUAAAGGCUCCUCAGAAGUAAUUAAUUUUAUAAAAUUCAUAGAAUAAAAAGUAUGUAUUUUAAUAAAAUACCUUUCCUUUGGACUCAGACUAAUUUGAUUAACAGUUUUUCUUCAGUAUUGACAAAUACAACCCAUUAUCUUAAAUUUUCUAAUUAGACUUUUUUCAUUAGCAAAGACAUAUUUGAUGUACAGUUUUAGUAUUUCAGUGUAAUAUUCCUGACUUUUAAAGAAAUACGAUUUAUUGAAGUGGGACAUGUGCUCCCGAAACUCACUGUCACAUAAAAUGCAGGCUUGAAGAAUGGUCUUGAUGAUACUAUGUAACUACAAAGAUUAUUUAAUAAAAAUGCAGUAAACUGACCUUACAUAAUACUAGUAAGAGGAUAUUAUGUGUUUAUGGAACAAACUGUAAAACAAAUAUGUAAUAAUAAUUGAUUUAUGUUAAA